AUGCAGUCCACACUGAGGUCACCAACAGAAUCAGCUUCUUUGAGAGACAACCUCCAGCUUGCGCUUUUGGGCACCCGAUCUUCUGCCAAGGAGGACAUCCACAGCACUGCCGCCGAACUUUUGUACGGUACACCCCUCCGUCUUCCGGGCGAAUUUGUGCAGUCUUCCACGACGAACACCAACAUCCCGAGCACCUUCGUACGGCAGUUGAAACAACUCAUGGCUGAACUGCGUCCAACCCCCACACGUCUGACAUCGAAACGUGUGUUUGUGCAUGAGGACCUUCAUCUUCUCCAUUCGUUUUCGUCCGGCAUGAAGCGGUUCGCAAGUCUCUUUGUUCCCCAUAUGAUGGCCCGUAUAGGGUUCUUCAGCGGAUGGACAAGUAUUACGUCAUUCAGAAGGCUGAGAAAACUGACACAGUCUCCAUCGACAGACUUAAGCCAGCCUAUCUUGUGUGCGUCCCGCCGUCAGUUGUGCCACCGACUUCCUCUGCACCGUCCUCACCCGAUCCACCCGUUUCGGUCGCCUCCACUGAACCACUACACUCUACCAUCCCACCCACCUAUCCUGAUUCUCCUUCCACUCCACUACGCACCUGA